CCCUUCUGUCACCCGACGGACACUGGGCGGAGCGGUCUGCUGAGGCCGGCCCGGAGGGUGUGGGUUCCUGACCGCGUGCGGGAAAGAUUUCACAAUGCGAGUCCAGGUGAUUGUGAGUGUGUUCAUCAGAGCUGGGUCAGAGACAGGAAGGCUUAGGUAGAAGUCGCAGCAGGAGCGAGCCAGACGGGGCUGUGCUUAGCUCCGUAAAGAGUAGGAAAGAAGUGAGCCACACUGGGCUGCGUGAACUCACUGGGAAGCACAAGUGACAGGGACAGGAGUGAGCCACACAGGCUGCUGUCAGCUCACUGGCUGAAGAUGGAGAGCGGCGUGCUCUGCCUCCUGAGACUCACCCUGAGGCUAGUGCUGCUGGGCUACUUCUUGGGCCUGAACGACCUGAUCGUGUCCUCCCUGGAGCUGACCGUGCACGCGGGUGAGCCCGCCCUGCUGGGCUGCGUGUUCCAGAGCGUGGAAGGGAAAUGCGUGACCAAGGUCGACUGGACAUUCUCACCCAGGGAGCAUGCCCAGGCUGAGUACGUGCUGUACUAUUACGCCAACCUCAGCGUGCCGGUGGGGCGCUUCCAGAACCGGGCGCGCCUGGCGGGGGCCCUCUCGCACAACGACGGUUCUCUCCUGCUCCAAGACGUGCAGGAGGCCGACCAGGGAACCUACACCUGCGAGAUCCGCCUGGAACGGGAGAGCCGCGUGUUCAAAACCGAAGUGGCGCUGUACGUGCUGCCGGAGGAGCCUGGAGAGCUCACAGUCUAUGUGGGUGAUUCAGCUCCGAUGGGCUGUGCUUUCCAGAGCACGGGAGAGAAGCUCAUGACCAAGGUCGACUGGACGUUCUCACCAGGGAAGCAUGCCAAGGAGGAGGUGAUGCUGCGCUAUUACGCCACACGCGGCGGGCCCGCGGGGUACUCCCAGAGCGGGGGCCGCUUCCGGAGCCGCGUGGCCCUGGCGGGGGACACAGCGCACAACAACGCCUCCGUCCUGCUCCGAGAAGCGCGGGAGUCCGACACAGGAAGCUACACCUGCAGCAUCCACCUGGGGGACCUGACUUUCAGGAAAACCUUUGAGCUGCACGUGAUUCAGGAAGAGCCCCGAGCACUGGUGACUGCCGUGGCCCGCAGUCCCGAGGUCCUGGGCGGCAACCAUCUGGUGAUCAUCGUGGGCAUCAUCUGCGUCACUGUCCUGCUGCUUCCUGUGCUCAUCCUGACUGCGAGGAGGAUCCAUGGGAGUAAGAGUGCCGGGACGUCCAUGGCCCUGGUGAAGAGCCUGGAGGACAGGGACAAGCCUCCCCCCGAGAAGCACGUUUACUCCUCAAUCAACACGUGGGAGGUGACCAAGGAAGAAGAAUCAAGUGACAGAUCAGAGGCCACCUACAUGACCAUGCACCCAGUGUGGCCUUCAGCACUGAAUUACCCGCCUGAGAAAAAGUGGGCCGAGGGAGUGCCCCUAACAGGGCAAGCCUUUUAAGAAGAGUCCCCUCACCUUCACGAGGCAGAGGCGCCCCUGUGUGGCCUGUCCCUGUGCCAGUCAUGCAGACCGCCCCCCCCCCGCCCCCCGCCAGCUCUCCUGCCUCCCUGGCUGCCCCGAGGCUGAAGAUGGCCACAGACGGGGGCCCUCUGGAGCGGACCCUGGCUGAGCUGCCCCAGCUGCACCAAGCGCCCCAUCCGAUCAGUCCCUCAGGUUGAAUGUGAUCCUGGGAAGAAUCGCAGUGAAAACCACCCGAAUGUUUCCUGUGGCACAUCGCCCCUAAAUAAAUGUGUUCUGUGGAUGUCA